AAAGAUUUUAAAUAAUGAUCUUAAAAAAUUGAAAAUCGCUAUAAAACAUAUUUGUAAAACAAACAUAUGCAAACUUCAUUUAUUAAAACUACAAACUAAAGAAUAGAUUCUUUUGGAAAGUACUAAAAAAGCAAAUUUUGGUUGUUUAUUGAAAUUAGUCUCCCCUAGAACAAGGGAGUCCUUGGGCCUCCAAUUACAUCACCGAUGGCGAUAUGGAUUCACCUCCAUCCAGUUUUGUAAAACUGUAAGAAAAAAAUAGAACAUGCAAAGACUGGUCUUCAAAAUGUCCCUCCUCUUCAUAUGCUGAUGAUGACACACCUGAAAAAUAGACACUGUAAGAUAAAAGUUCCUCGGUCAAGAAAAGAUCCCUCAACAUCUACCAAUACCGUUUAUUCAUCAGUAAAUAUAAGACCAGAUCUCUCAUUAUUCUCACCAAGUAGGAAGGCGGUGGAUGAAGAUUCCAUUGACAAAUUUCACCAGAGGACAGAUAAACAAUUAAAAAAAUGUUGGGACAACCUCAAAACAGAGUGGAAAAGGAAGAAGAAAUUAAAAGAAAUGAGGAAGGGAGAAGUCUUGGGUUCAGGUGAAGAGCCUCCUCAGAAAGAUUUUAUUUCUGAGCCAGGCCCAUUUCAGCCACUACUUGUAGAUGUGAAGGAUAGAAACAACAAUGGGGAUAAAUCAGAUGUUAUAAAGAAUGAAUUUGAAGAGGAAUCAUACUCAAUAAAAGUAGAAGAAGAAGCACCUGUUCAAUCAGAUAAAAGGAAAAAUGUGGAUAAAUCAGAUAAUUUUUUUAUGAGUCAGAAGAGGAGCUAUUCCCAACAAUGGAAGGGAGGCUAAGUUCUCAGCUAGAUGAAAGGAAAAAUUUGGAUAAAUCAGGUGGAAGCAAAGUAUAAGGCCCUGGCCGCUCAAGAAUUGUAUAAAGAAACUAAAUUUAAGGCCCUGGCUGCUGAAGAAAUGUAUAAAGUAACAAAAUACAAGGUUUCAUCUGCUCAAGAACUGUAUAAUGAAACAAAAUACAAAGCUCUGGCUACUCAAGAAUUGUAUGAAGAAACAAAAUUGAAGACCCUCGCUGCUCAAGAAUUGUAUGAAGAAACAAAAUUCAAGGUUUUAACUGCUGAAGAAAUAUACAAUGAAAAA